AACCUGUCGUAACGCAAGUCCUGGGCUCUGUGCUCCGGCGUGAUAGUAGAGAAGAAUACGAGGUCUGAGUGCUUCAGUCAGAUGAUCAUCGCAUAGGAUAUUUUCUAGCUGAUGUUAGCUGCCGCAAGCGGAGCACCGAGAGAGAUCGGCGGACGCGGUGCUAGUAUGCAGCUCAAAAAUGUGCCCGAGUAAUCGGAUGACAGCACUCCGAGCAAUCGAAGGGAAACUUUCGAGUUCGCUUUACACGGUGGACUUGCAGUAAGGGGCCGUGCGGCUUACAGGGGUCCCUCCUGCGCACCGGUGAAGGCCGGUAUCAACCGACGAGUUGUGGCUGUUAAAAUGACUCGCAUCCUGCUGAUGCUGACACACGUGCAGGCAAACCGCAUCGAUUAAAAGCCAUUGUGACUGCGUCGGUUCACUCAGAGCUCAAUAAUAACCUGGGGUCGACUGCAAAGGAAGGCGCAGUGACUCGUUCAUGAGGCGUGUUUGGGUCCUGCGUACUCGAGCUCCACAGUCCCACGCAGGGAGAGCUGAAUCUGUGCUGCGCCGCUCCAUUUAUUCGCCUAUACGCUCUUUUCAUGUAUGGAUGGAUGUGUGCAUGCUUUGACAGAGAGCUGCGUGCAUCGUUGCAGUUGGCACAGCGCAUCCCAAGGAGGGGCUGUUACUCUAGGAAACAUACGUUGGAUGUUGUUGUUUUUUUUUUUUUUUUUUUUUUUUUUUUUUUUUGUGGAGGCCCUAAGAACAUUGCGUAAGGCUGCAGCGUACGCUACGUCUUUCUGAAGGCAAAACAAACAGUCGGGUGACUUUGCAGUCUCUCUCUCUCUCUCUCUCUCUCUCUCUCUCUCUCUCUCUCUCUCUCGGAGAGAUAUAACGUAAGCUCCUCUCAGUAAUUGCUUCUAUCAAAAGGAAGGGAAGGUGGAGCAUUGUCCGUCUUACGUGCUGACGCAGUGGGAUUUCUACGUGUGGUCGGCGUUUCGCCCCGCCCUUCCCGCGGUGACGGUGAUGGGUCGGAAGCGGUGUGUCGGUGCAGAUUGUUCGAAGAUGGCGGCCGGGUGCUGCGGGGUGAAGAAGCAGAAGUUGUCGGGAUCUCCCGGGACGGGGGGUCCCGGCGGGGUGGGGAGCGGGUUAGCCGGGACCGGACAUUGUGGCUCGGAAUUGGGGAUCGGGUCCUCGUCGGCCGUCGUGGCCGGGAACGUGAACCGAGUGAACGGCCUGGGGGGUCCGGGGGGUAGCGGUUGUAGCAGCAGCAACAACACCAAUGCUCUGUCUCCAACUCCGGGAGGCUAUAACUCAACCGGCCUCUCCCCGAACCUCAGUACCGGCUCGGGAAGUGGAGCCAGGAAAAUGGUCGUUUCGGCGGAGAUGUGUUGCUUCUGCUUCGACGUGCUUUAUUGCCAUCUUUAUGGAUACCAGCCUCCUCGAACACCCAGGUUUACAAACGACCCCUACCCACUGUUUGUCACAUGGAAGAUCGGCCGGGACAAGCGGUUGAGGGGUUGUAUAGGUACAUUUUCUGCCAUGAACCUGCACUCAGGACUCAGGGAGUACACUCUUACCAGUGCCCUUAAAGACAGCCGCUUUCCCCCCAUGACAAGGGACGAGCUGCCCCGCCUCUUCUGCUCAGUGUCUCUGCUCACCAACUUUGAGGAUGUUGGUGAUUACCUAGACUGGGAGGUGGGUGUUCAUGGAAUUAGGAUAGAAUUUUUUAAUGAAAAAGGAUCAAAGCGCACCGCCACCUACCUGCCAGAGGUUGCAAAGGAGCAAGGAUGGGACCACAUUCAGACCAUAGAUUCCUUACUUCGAAAGGGAGGUUAUAAAGCUCCCAUCACAAAUGACUUCAGGAAGACUAUUAAAUUGACCAGGUACCGUAGUGAAAAGAUGACGAUGAGCUACGCAGAAUAUAUCGCCCAUCGGCAGCACCAUCACUACCAGAAUGGCAUCGGGCACCCUCUCCCUCCUUACAACCAUUAUUCCUGACAGCGAGCCGCAUGACCAGUCACUGGACCUCUCCGCGGACCUCUUUCCGGGAGAGCCCACCCCCUCGUGGUCUAGCUAUCUCUACUACUGUACCAUUUUAUGAUGAUAGUUUCCGUUGCCAUGUCGACAGCCUGAUGGCGUCAUGGCAGCGGGUGGCAAAUAAGUGAUUAUGAAACACUAAAAAAAUAUAUAAUUCAUUUAUUUUCAUUCAUUUUUAUUCUUUGUAUUAAUUUAGUUUUUGCAGCAUAUAUAUUGACAUAUAACCCCUUACCUUGUUUUGUUUUUUUAAAGCAAAUAAACAAGUACUAAGUUUUGUUUUGUUAUCCAAAUGAAAUUUUGUUUCAACCAAUUUCCUAAUCAGGUGUUUGAGUCUGUGGAUGGAAAUAAGUCAUAUUAAUGAUGGGCUUGCUUUGAAGACAGGAUACUUUGUUCGGAGUUUGCUUGAUUUAUUUGCUGCAGUUUUGUUUCUCGACAAAACCUGUUUUCCUUUGAUCAUUUCUCGUUAGUUUUUGUUGAUAUGUUGGCGACCGCAGGGUUCCAGGGAUUCUCUUUCCUCUAUGCGAUUCCUCUAUUUUGCUUUUGAUAGGGGUGUUUUCUGUUUUAUUGUGAGUGUUAUUGUUGUGAGUUGUGCGACUGAGUUGGCCAAUGAAGAACUAGUUAAAUCAGUCACAUGUUUGUUUUUUCACCAUCACGUAGACGGACUCAGAAGAUCGAAACCACUAGAUUAAAUUAGCUAUUGGGUGCGGCAGAAUAUUUUCCCAUAAUGCAAAUGAGUGCGGCUCUUAGCAUUAUCAAAGUUGCCUUGAAUUGAAUUUACUUAGCUCAAUCUUUACUUAAACAGUCAGUUUGCCCUUUUUGUGUAGUGUUAAUAUCCUUAGGAAAAACAAGAAGCAUAUAAAUCUGUUACGUCCUGUGAUGUCUUAUUUUACUUUGUAUUAUAUUUGGUGUUGCUCACAAGAUCUGUGGUUAGUCUUUCCAGUUCAGAGUAACAGUAGAUGGGUUAAGAAACUUCUAGUCAGAGAAAUGUCGCUUGACAAACAGGUUUGUCUUCAGAAUUUGUCUUGUAUACCCAAUAUUCUGUAUUGUUCCUAUUUCAACACACAGAGAGGAAAGACUUAGCAAGACUACAGACAAAUGACAGGGACAAUCCUAAAAAAGCCAUACUCUUUUUAAUGCAUGCUGCGGCAGGGUGUUUGCUCCAAAUGGCUGUUUUUAAUUCAUUUGUCCUCUGGUCUGUUGACCUGGCACUGAAGUAGUCACUCCUGCUGUUAGGGAGGGGUUUUCAGAACAUACAUUUUUUAAAAUGAUUUUUUUAUGAUCUGGUCUUGUGGAGAAAUCUGAUCAGGUUUUACUCACGUGUCUCUACUUAAUGGAAAAGUUCACACAAAAUUGAAAGUGCUGUCAUCAUGUACUCACUGUCAUAUGAUUCCAUACCCAAAUGACUUACUUUCUUCCACUGGACAAAGUAAGUCGGGUUUGGAGUAAACAACGACAGAAUUUAUUUUUGGGUGAACUAUCCCUUUAAGAUCAUUGUAGCUGAGCUGAAUUGAGAUCCAUGUAAUUCUUUUAGACAUUAGCUCAGUUUUGAAACUGUCAACGCAUACCCCCGUAUCACCUCAUCAUGCUUGGAGCGAACGAUGUUAAAGUCCCCAUACAAAUGGCACAUCUGAACAGUUGCCAUAAUCGAGAAGAUUGUCCUCGAGUCGAGUAGAUACCGCUUUAUAGUUGCCACUGAACUCCUCAACAUCUUGAAGCUAGUUUAGAUCAUGGCAGCUCUGCAAUAUCACAGCAGACAGUUCAUUUAUAAAGAAUGAUUGUGGCCGUUUUCAUAGUUUUCUCUCUGGCUAUUCAACGUUGGAUCCACCUUUUUGUAAAACUGGAUUGCGAUGUUGUCUUGUUUCCAUAAAGCUAUUAUAAGAACUAUUUUCUUCUAAGGACCAGGCUGUAGACUGAAUAUAUUGAGUGUCCACACUAAUACGUUUUUGUUUGAAAACACUGAUUUUUGCUACAUUUAUGACUCUCAUCCACACUAAAACACUCUCCAUAACCGCAUACUUCGGAAUACGAAUUUCAAAUGAAAACGGAAUAUUGUGAGCGUGGCUACAGUGUGAAGAUGCAGUGGACUAGCUUUUGAAGGAAGCUUUAUUAUUACUACAAGGAAGAAAUGUAGAGGCGCUCUUGACAUCUGAGAUCUUUUUCCAUCUUUUUUCAUAUGCAAAAUGUUAAGGGCUUUCGGUGUUCCAUCCACAGUCAUUCUCCAACUCAAAAAAACUGAUUUCAGUUGUGUUGCCUUAAAAAAUGGUUAUGACGUGGAACAAGAAAUGUCACUCUGAAUGCUCAACUAUUUGCGAGCCUUUCUGUUUGACACUAAUUCAUUUGGGUGUAAUACAUCGUUAAGGCUCUAAUGAGUGAUUGAAUAAAACCGAUAAGUGAUUUAGUAUUACUUUUAGCAAGGCCUUCCACUGCCCAGUUGCAACUGUUUUCUUAUCUAAAUCCCAUCUACUUUAUGAAAAAUGUGGUGACGCAAUUGUAGCGUCUUGGUUUCGUAAAUACCCUUUAAAUGACUUUUUGCCACUUUAUGGCUUCAGUUUUGAACUGCUGCUUUUUAUUGUCAUAUAGUUGACCAAUCAGAGCCUCGUUUUCUGGUCCACAAAAAAAACAAAAAACAGAACAAAAUGAAAAUGUUUCUGCUGCAAAACCAACCAAGUUUUUGCAUUUGUGAGAGAACUUAUCCAUACACAUUUGCAGUACAUUUGUUGCAUUUAUGAAUAGGAGGCCACCUGUAAAAAAAAAAAAACCCCAAAAAAAACAUGGCAUGCCCGUUUCACUGCUAUGUAGAUAUAUGAGAAAAUUGACUAUAUAAAAUGGUGCUAUUAGACUCUGUGUUGGGGGUGGUCACAGUAAAUGUGACUGGUCAUGCGGACUCAUCGAUCAUAUCAGACUUUAUUAUUAUCCUCGAUAUAUGCAGAUCUGUUUUACAGGUGUUUUUUGUUUCUACCAGUGUAACGAAAUCUCCUGCAGGUUUGAAAGGACAUGGAGUCACAAGUCUAAACCCAUCUUUCCCUCAUGGCCUGGGGGAUACGGGCAUAUGCUUCUUAUCUCAUCUGUUGUAGAUAGGACUGUCAAAUGUCCUCUCAUGUUCAUGUGCAUUGCCAUUUUGAAGUAUGGCUGGCUUUGAAAGGGAUAGUUCACCCAAAAAUGAAAAUUCGCUCAUUUCCCAAAGGCCAAAAGUACAGCGAUGAUGAUGGCCGUGUUCAAAGUGCAAAAUUAGCUUUUCCGUCCCAAUGUUCUGUUCAAAUAUAAUUUGUUCCUUUUGUUGCGAGCAACAUUACAUGGGUGAUUCUCACGAAAACCUGUCAAGAAAAUGCCUUGGUCAUAUUUUAGUCAAAAUGCAAAUUAAUAUUUUCACAUUUUGACAUUAUUUUCAUGAUAGUUACUUGCAUUUUACCCCCAUUCCCAUUACCACAAUGUGAAAUGUUUAUAUAUAAAAUAUAUAAGUAUAAAUAUAUAUAAAUCUCCCUUGGUAAUGCCUUUCUUUUUUUCUUUUUUUUUUUUUUUUACUGGUAUGGUAAUGAGAAUCAUCAUUAAAAACAAUGGGAAUAAUAAAAAAUUUUGGAUCACUGUAAACAGUGGGAAAAGAAAACGUCCAGAUGUGUUAUGGUAAGUCAUAACUGAAAACAAUGGGAAUAGUAAAAAAUAUAAUGUCUGGAUGCAUUACAGUAAUGAAAAUCAUCAAUGAAAAUAAUGGGAAUAGUUAGUCAAACGUCUGGAUGCGUUACGGUAAGAAAAACAUAACUAAUAACAAUGAGAAUAGUAAAAGUUAAACUUCUGUAUGCGUUGUUCACCGGAAACAAUGUUAAUUGCAAAAGUAAAACGUCCAAAUGUUGCGGUAAUGAAAACUGGGGAUAAAAUGUGGUUAAGUGUCCUGAAAAUGUCAAAAACUCUUAACGGUCCUAAAUGCAGGCUUCAUUUUCUUCUUUCAAAACAUAAUUUCAUAUUUUCUUUGUAUUGAUUUUGUUUUAUUGACAGGUUUCCUGAAAAUCACCCAAAUGCAUGUGUUUUUUUUUAUCUCAAUGUUAUCUGAUAUAUGCACACUUGUGUAAGUUUCAAGUUGGAUACUUAAAGUAUUCGCUAAUUUUCAGAGUAGUCCACUUUGGGGACAUUGGCAUACUUCUUUAAUCCCUGGCAUCAUAGAGAGUUGCACAUUUGAACACUGAAGACGUUUUCGAUUACAGCACCUAUCUUGCAAAGAUAAGUUGAAGGUGUGCUCGUUUGUGGCCAUUUCUUGUACAAAACCCAUUUUUGCUCCAGUCCUCCAUUUUCCGUUAUGAACACAACUGGAAUUAGUAUUUGAUAUUUACUCAUUUUAGGCAUAAACAUUGGGUUCUAACACCAACAUGCGAGCUUCAUGCUCGCCGUCAAACCUGUAGUCGUUUGGAUUGUGUUAGGCUCAUGUUACCGUUGUGUGUUCAACCGAACCAAAGAUGCCUCCAGCCAUGUCCAAAUGCUGCUCUACAGACCUGCCUUCCUGUCCUUCCAAAAACCUUUCCUGCAAGAGAAAUGUCUAUGAUUUCUAUGUAUUUGUUUUCCUCUUUUAAUUUUUUUUGUACAAUUUCUACUAUUGUUUUAGGUUUUUAAGCAACCUAACUUCAAUGAAUUUUCAUUGUAGCUGUCUUUGAGACCUCACAUGGUGUCAAUGACUAUAAUACUAGGUUGCACAUUUUUUAUUUUGUUUUUCAUCAUUGUUAUUAUUAUAUAUUUUUGUAAAGAGAGAAAACCCCAUAGCGUGCCUCUUAGAUUUAUGGGUUUCUUAAAUGUGUUUUUUCCUAAGACCAGCAGUUAUACUUUAUACAAAAGAUGCGUUAAUCCUUAUUUUUUAAUGCCAUGUAAGGAGAAAAAUAAAGCCUCUUUUCUUUACUCUGGACCCAGUAGCUGCACUGGCCUACAAACGCACUGAUAUAUAUAUAUAAGUAUAAAUAAUUAUGAUGAUGAUAAAAAUAAUAAAUGACAUAAGAACUACAAUAAACUUGUUUGAAAACUUUUGUAAAAAAAAAAAAAAAAAAAAAGUAAACACAAUGACUGUUUUUGUACAUCGAGUUGUUUCUUUUCAAAAAAUACAUUUUGGACCUAGUUUCUAAAUUAUUUUAGUGGUUUUCUAUGUUCUGGAAGUGUGAAAAAAAAAAAAGAGUUUUGAAUGUGCCGCAUGAUGAUCGACAGUGUGCGGUGUUGUCUGUGUGUGCACUGGGGUUGCCAGGCGUAGCCCCCCCCCAUACCCACCAAUUUGUUUUAUUGUUUCUAUUUUGAGUUAGGAUUUUCUUUGCUUUAGAAACUUGAAUUUGUUGAAGUAACAACCAGACAAAAAAUAACAAAAAAAAAAAAAAAAACUGAAACAAAGGAAAUACAUAAAAAACAACAACAAAAAAAACAACUCCCGUGUAGAAUUAUAGAUCCUUUACCCCAUUUAAUUGCUGUUAGUGUGAUGAGACUUGAAAUGGGCAUUUAUGAAUAUGGUAUAUGGCUUCAAAAAUAAAAAAAAUAAAAAGACAAAAUAAAAAAAAUUUGUGUUGGGGGGUGGGGGGGGUGUGGCAUAUAGAUGGGUUAUCUGUGGGUAUGUGAGCUAUGGCUGUGGCAAUGAAAAUGUAGUUUUAAAACAUUAUUGUUAUUACCUUUUAAAUCAUUUAUCCAAUAAAAAUAUUCUGAAAGAACAA